ACAAAUCUUCCUAUUUUCAAGCUGAAGGAAUCCACUGUUAGAAGAAGAUAUAGUGACUUUGAGUGGCUGCGAAGUGAAUUAGAAAGAGAGAGCAAGGUUGUAGUUCCCCCACUCCCUGGGAAGGCAUUUUUGCGUCAACUUCCUUUUAGAGGAGAUGAUGGAAUAUUUGAUGACAGUUUUAUUGAAGAAAGGAAGCAAGGGCUGGAGCAGUUUAUAAACAAGGUCGCUGGUCAUCCUCUGGCACAGAAUGAACGUUGUCUUCACAUGUUUUUACAAGAUGAAAUAAUAGACAAAAGCUAUACUCCAUCUAAAAUAAGACAUGCCUGAAAUUUGGCGAGAAGGGGCAAAAACGUGACUAUUAAUGAUUCAUAUACACCAGUAAAGAAGUUCUGACCAACUUUUAGCAUGCUGCACAGAAACUGGUAUAACAUGCCUUCAGUAUACUAAUACUCAUACUCUGUUUUCUUUUGGCAGUUGACAAGAAGUUAAUUUACUUAAGUGUAAAUCCCUCAUUCCAGCCUUUCUAUAUAUAAAUAGCUCUUCCUUGCUGUUUUAAUGUGGUACACACUAUAGCUUCACAAACCUGUUACUCCAUUAUAAUCUGCAGUGUUCUAACUAAAGUUAUCAACUUGGUCUUAUUUGCACAGAUUUUGUGUCAUGUUUGCUGCUUGAAUCUGAUUAACUAGAAUAUUUCUCUUUCCCCAUUUUAAUAUGUGAUGUCACUUGACCCAAUUUAUGUGUAGGAGCACUACACCACUGUUCCAGUACAGCACACAUAAGAUACACACUUGUGUGCAGAAAAGAAUCUUCCUUUAGGCUUGUAAUACCCUUCACAUGGAAAAUUAAUGAGGGAAAUCUUUAUAUUCUGUAUAAAAACAAAGUCAAAUUUAUAUACUAAAAUCAUUUGUCUAAAAAUUUAAGUUGUUUUCAAAUAAAAAUUAAAAUGCAUUUCUGAUAUGCACUGAUUGUGUUGCCUCUGGCUUUUCUUUUCUCCCUUGUGGCUUUAGUACUUAACUCACAUGUUGAGAGGGAUUAUUUACUAAUUAUAUACUUCUCGUCCCUGUAACUUCAUUCCUCCUUAAACAGUGGUGAUAUCAAAUAUGCUGCCACCCUUUGAAUGGGGUAUUUGCUUUUAAACAACAAAAAAAGUGAUGUGCUAAGAAUAAAAAAAGCAUUCCUUUAGGCUUACUGAGUCAUUAUGCAGCACUUUGUGUCUGUGAAAAAUGCUUUAUAAUCUCAAGUCAUUCUUUAAAAGGUCUUUUAAGGUAAAUCAAUACCA